AGGGACUAGCGAGGAGCGGAUCCGACACAGACACAGAGGAAACAUGGAGAAAAGACCACCGCUCAGGAGGACUUUAUCAACUAACGGACUGCGACUUUUUACAUCACUUUUCAUCGUAUUUACCUCAGGUGUAAGCAGUAACCAAGUGGUUGUUCCUGAGAAAGUGAAUGCAGUCCUGGGGAAGAAUAUCACACUGGGCUGUAGAAUAGAUGUGGGCUCCAACCUCAGUCUAACACAGAUCUCCUGGGAACGCCGCCUACCUUCAGGCACCAUUACCUUGGCAGUGUUUCAUCCAGAAUAUGGAAUCUCCAUCUCUCAAGAAUAUGCCAAGCGCAUCUCAUUUGUUUCACCCUCCUCAAUCCGAGAUGCCACCAUUACCCUCAGAGGAGUUGGCUUUACAGACAUUGGAUCAUACACUUGCAAAGUGGCAACAUUUCCUCUUGGCAAUUCACAAGCUUCAACCUUUGUCAAUGUAUUAGUGGAGCCAAACGUGUAUGUGUCUGCAGGGCCCACAGCUCUGCUAGAUGGAGGCAACGAGUCACUGAUAGCCACCUGCAUAGCAGAACGAGGCCGGCCUGCUGCUGAUGUUGUCUGGGAGACGGAGCUGUAUGGACGAAGUGAGAAACAAGCUCAGGAUGAGUCCAACGGCACCACCACCGUACAUGUGCGCUACAUGUGGCAGCCCCAAAGUUACGCCCAGGGGAAGACGUUAACAUGUGUGGUGCGGCACCCAGCACUGCAAACAGAGUUCCGCAUACCCUUCACUCUAAAUGUUCAAUUUGCACCUAUGGUCUCAAUAAUGGGAAUUGGCAAAAACUGGUAUGUUGGUCAAGAUAAUGUGAAGUUUGAGUGUGGAGCCAAAGCCAACCCACCAGCUCGUCACUUCUCAUGGAUAAGAUUGGAUGGAUCAAUGCCAGAGGGGGUUAGAAUUGCAAACAAUAGCUUUGCCUUCACUCGCCCAUUGGAGCGCAAUGACUCUGGAGUAUAUCGCUGUGAAGUGAUGAAUGACAUCGGCCUCCGUUCUAAAGAUGUGAACCUCUGGGUUCAAGAUCCUCCACCCACCACAGCUGCCCCCAGCACCACUGCAUCUCUCCGCCAUGACACAUCUAGAACCGGCACUGCAGCGGACCAGCAGAAAUCUCUGUUCACCUCUCCAACCCUGGCCUCUUUACCUGACAGCAGCAUCGGCACCAUAGUCGGCGGCGCUGUGGGUGGAGUUCUGUUUCUGAUCCUUCUACUGAUCUUGGGUGGAGCAUGCUUCAUGCGCUCACGCAGAACCUUCAGGGGGGACUACUACACCAAGCAGUACCUGGGACCCUCGGACAUGCAGAAAGAGGCUCAGCUGGACGUGCUGCAGCCGCACGAGCUGCAGGAGGUCUACGGGGACAAAGGGAGCAAAGGCAGCCAGGAGCUAAAACCCAAACUGGGUGGAGACAUCAUCUAUCCUGACUAUACCACUGAUCGCAAGGAUAGGGAUGACUGGGCCGACAGGGGAGACAACCACAGGAGCCUCAAAGAGGGAAACUACUACGCCGAUCACUACAACACCCAAAACAUGCACCCCUGCGGGCCUCCUGUUCACAGUCCCAUAGUGAACAACGGCUCCCCCUACCUUCCCGAUGACUGUUAUGACAAUGGUACAGACAGCGACUACGUGUCCCACAUGGACGGAUCUGUGAUUUCUCGCAGGGAAUGGUAUGUUUGAGGAAAAAAAAGGACAACUGACUGACAGACUGACUGAGAGUAAUUUAACGAGUGACAGAUAUAAAUAUCAUUAACAGUCAUGUCUUUCCAGUUAAAGGACUAAUGAAAUGUCUCAGCUCAGUUUCCUGACGAGCCCUUCGAACAAUACUGCUCUGCCUUGAUUGUAACCACUCAACCUUAAGGACACGUAUGUGGAUUGUACUCACACUUUGUAGCAUUUUGAGGAGCUACAAAUAAGCUGGAACGCCUCAAUGAUCAUAUCUCAGUAGGCUUUAGAGGAUGUGGCAUACAGUGACAUUUUCAACUGAUGUGAAUGAAGUUUUGUACUCUGCUUGUUUGUGUUUGCACCUGUCUUUGUCACAGGUCAAAGGUCAAGGUGUUCAGACCCUUGUUAUUGAAGUAUUUAUAUCUUUGACUGACUGAACUCUGCUCCAGUGUGUUACGUUAUCAUAAAACCUCACAACUUCUGUGGCAUUUCAAAACUCCUGAUUACCUAAUUUUCAUACAGCUGAAGUCUUCAUCAUGGCUGCGACAAGUAUUUAAAGUAGAUUAUACUGCAUGUGUUUUUACAAGCAAAAUAUCUUGUUGAGUAAAGGGAAAGUUGGUCAAACACAUGAAUAAAAGGGAGAAUUUCACAGGCUUCGUCUUGAGGGAAAAGCAAAUACAUCACAAAAGACACUGCCCCUUAUAAACAGAUUAUAACUCUCAGCUUCACUUUAUUUACUUUACACAUUUCUGUGUUCUUAACCAAAUGCAAUAACCAGUAUUGAAACAUCGGACCAGUCACACUGGAUGUAAAAAAGCACAACUCUGUUAUUACAGUUGUCAGCAAACAUCAAAGGUGGCCAACUAGGCCUUGGCCUUCUCCACUACGCCAUGAUAACAGGCUGCGUUGGUGUCUUUUCCAUUUUCCUUCCUCUGUGUCCUCUGAUUUCUGUCUGUAACAUUGACACCGAUCAGUUCUUAUAGUUUUUUUUAUUUUAAAAGUGGCAUCAAAGUGAAAGUGUUAUAAAUACCAGAUGUGACUAUCAGAGCUGUCAUCAUCUGCUGUUUUGUGGCUUCAUAAACCACCGACAUUUUCACUGCUCCCGCUCAACACCCCAAAGUCAUUAUUCAAGAUGGUAAAUAAGCAAAAUACUUGUUGAUAUAGAAAGUGCUCACAGAGCGCUGAUUCCUAAGCUUUGUCUUGCUUGAGUUAUAAGCAUGAUUAAUUCAAAUACCUCGCAACACAGUUGGAAAGUUGUGAGCGGCUAACGUCACUACUGAUCACAGAACAGGCUAAUGUUGGGGUUUGGCUCCUCUGCAAUUCCUCCGAGGAUAUACAGUGAUCAUGGAAAGUAGAAAUUUAAUACAUGAGUGAAAAAAUCGGUUUACGAACUAUCUAGGUUAAAGCUGCCUGUGUAAUGGCUCCCCAAGGGAUUUUUUUUUCUUUCCCUACAAACAACAAACCCAGUGACAUUAAGUUGAAACAAAAGCGUUGACAUCAUCAGUGAUCUCAUCUCUUGAUUUGACCUUACACUUUCCACUUAGUGCUUUUUGUGUUUCCUCAGGAAUGAUACAUGGAUCAAAGCGGCCUCUCCUAACCCUCACAUGAAAGGGAAAACAUACCCUUUAGAAAGGUUCCCCAUUUAGUCAAUCAGGGUGUUUGUUGCUCGAAGAAGUUACCGUAUAUGUGUGUUACAGCGAAUCCUGGAUGGAGGUUGUGUUUAUUUUGAGGUCUCAGUCUUUCUUAUUGGGGUUUUAUAGAUUGUGAGUGCACAUUUUCUAUUUUCUUCCCCCACUUCUCCACCCUUGUUUUCCCAUACGGCCCCGCCAGAGCUUCGGUCGAAAGGUUUAGAUGUCUGAGAAUAACCUACUUUAAUCUGUUUAGUUCACUCUCACUCUCAUAGACUCACACACGCACUGGGCACCACACAUCUGCCGCUGCAGCCUGCAUUCAAAGAGCAGUCCUCACCUCAGACUUUGGGCUUUUUAAUUAACUUUUUUUUUUCCUGCCUCUACGCUUGGCAACUUCUCUUACACAGUGAUAUAUAGCACAUCCGAGUUUGCAUGCACACAUUUUUUUAUGUGGCUGAUUCAUAGCUGUCAACUUGUUUCGUUUUUAGCACGGCCACUCCACACAAACUGCUGUCUCUGCUUUAAAUUCCAGGGGAAAAUGAUCUUUUCAUCAGUCUCUGCCUAAUCUCUGAAGACUGUUUAUUUUGUUUGACAAAAGCAUAAUGAGUUGAAAUGAUGAAUGUUUUGUAAAGUUCUUUACCUUUUUUGGAUCCGUUUGUUUUUUUUGUUUUUUUUGGUUAGUCACCAACUGAUUGCAUGUAAAUUAAGUUAUUCGCUGCCUGCUAUGUUCAUUAUUUCUUUCCACUGAUGUUUAUAUACAUGUACAUAAUGCUGACAAAUUAGUGUAGGAUUGGCUCUUCUCAGCAGGCUUUUGGUUUAAAUGUUUAUGUACAGUACAUUUUUGAAGCCCCCUACUGAAUAGUCGGUGCCUUAGAUGGGCUGAGCAAUGCACAGAAAAGUUAAAAGAAGAAUUUAAAGGUUUCUAGUUCAUGAAAAAGGAGGACUGACUGCUCCUUUAAUAUGUCUUCCAUCCAUGAUAUUUAAGAUUUGUUGUUGAAAACAUCAAACUAGACAAAAGGUUGAUUGUCAUGCCUUAUACACUUUGCAAGGACACGUGUAACAAGUUAGUUACUGAGGAAAUUAUAAUAAGUAAAGAUUCACUGGGAAUUUAGGCAAGCCAGAUUCAUAGAAAAUAUUAUUGUCCUGUAAAUAUGCUGGCUGUUUUUUUUUUUUUAUUUUUUAUUAUUAUUA